AUGCACUGUCUUGCACUGUACAAUCGAACUAUUGAUCGUGCGGUGCAUUUCCACGACGCUGUCAUUUUAGAUUUUGUUGAAGAUUCAAGUGAAGAAGAUGACCUCAAGGUCAAAGUAUUAUAUGGUCAUCCUCCAGAAGCAGCAAUGAGACCUUGCGAAUAUUUUCUUAAUGAUCGUUGUAAUGUCACUUUUCGCAUGAAUGGUAAGAGAAAACUCACUUGUACUUGUAUUGGGUGA